CGCGCCGAGCUCUCUCCGUCACCGACUGCAGUCAGUACCGCAGACAUAUUCGUGUCCGUCCGUUCGUCCGUCCGCGUGCGCGCACACGUCCGUCCUAUACCUGUAAUACGUGGUUAUUAGUGAGUACUUGUCGCGAAAAAACUGUUUAAUAUUUACCCACGUAUACCGUAUUGUUUACACCUAACAGAAGAUAAGAAAAGUUCACGUCUGUUUACGAUUUACCGGUUUUUUUGUUCGUUCCUUCCAGGUCUCUCUCAUUAAGUUCGUUAUUCUAUGACCGUUUUUUUGUUUAUUAACGACCACCUGCCAGAGAGUCCAGGAGGUGUCUGUGUAUAAUAAUAAUAAUAUAAAGCGUUUUUGCGAGUAUAUAACAAUACGCGGUGUGUUUGUGCGUGCGUGUGAUAUGGAUAAAUAAUAUACAUAUAGUUUAUAUCAAGAAACGAAAAAUAAAGAUAUUAUUUAUUGACGGUUACGCGCGGUGAAUCGACCACAAUAAAGCAAGGUGAUGAAGUCUAAUUUCUCUUGUGCGUAUUUAUGUAUCCAGUUUCAAACUAUCUAGUUUCCAAUGGUUACAAUUGUACUUUAGAGGUCAGUACCACAUAAGAUGAUAACCACAACGUUCCGACAGACAGCAGGUGCAGAUGAACAGCAACCGACUGCGCGAACAGCACUCGAUCGCAACGGUGCGGGACAGACUACCAGUAGCGACGGCUACGACCACAUUGUUGUCGCAAUGCCGCCGCACUGAUUUCGGAAUCGGAAUCGGAUGCGGCGACACCGUACGUCUACACACUGACGGCGGCCGGUCGGUAUUCCGCGACAGCGUAAUCAACGCUGAUAACGAGUUAUCAAACGCUGCGAUGGCCGCAUCCGUAGCGUUGCCCGAAAGGUAUCGACAGCCGACGGCCACGGUACCGGCCGCCGCCCAUCAUCAGGCGACGGCAAAGGCGACCAACGGUGACCGCUCGCAGCACUGCCGUCAUUAUCAAAACGGUUACCGGCCACAUCACGCCAAGUACAACAGCGUGUCUGCCGGCAGUGCGCUUUCCAAGUCCAUGCGGUACGCAGAUGGUUGGCUGUACGAACGGAAUGCCGGCGGCGGCGGCGGCGGGGGAACGGUGGGCCGUCACGCCACUGCGAGUGGCCGGAACAAGCCGCGCAGCACUUUCUUGGACCGCGAUCACUUCGGCACAGUAGCGGCCGCCGCCGUGGCCGUAGCCGCCGCAGCAGCCACCGCGGUUGCGCCAUCGUCCGAAGACCCAUACGAACGCGUCCGCAAGAACCGCAUGGCCAACACAGCCACCACGGUCGGAAAACUUGACCGGAAACGGAAUCGCAGUGGUUCGCCGAGGACGCCGUCUCCCGAUUACGACGACACGGGUUCAGGCGGUCGCGUCGUCUCGUCCUCGCGUCGGUCGAUACUCGAGUGCAACGUCAACCCAUACGAUCUGUUGCAGCAGACCUCCGACAACGACGACGACGAUGCCGACGGAGACAGUCCCAAAAGAAUGUCACUAAAAGAUAAGUUCAUGAACCGCAUACAAGACACGGUGUUCAACAAGAACAAAUCGAGCAUAAGUGGUUUUGGAUCAUUUUCGUCUAAUGGUUUGUCCAAAAAAACUGUGUUGGACGGGAACACAAGCGGUGGCGUCAACAUCGCCGGACACACGGUUCGACUGUUCAACGGCAACAAGUCUCCUGCCAGUCACGAGAACGCGUCUUCGGUGUGGUACGAUGAUGGGUCCACUUCGGACGUGGCCACCACAGUGGCCGUCGAAACAGACCAGUCACCGGUAAGGCCUCCGCGCCGCCGGUGCAAGCAGGCUGCCGGUGUUCACUUAUCCACGGGUCCAGCUAAGCGGUCACACUCGUUGACAACAUGCGGUAUGACCACCAUAUCGGCUGAGAUCAAGUCCAUACUGAAAAAGCCAGCGUCGCUAACCACGGAUGACUUAAGUCCGGUCAGACCGCGAACGCCGGUCACCGCGUCGACUGUCGUCGUCGUUGGUGCCAGCCCGUGUAAUGGACUGCAAAAGAAGACGAAAAAACAAGUGCAAUUUGAUAUCGUUUCGGUAGCCGUCGAAAAAUCGAGUGAAGACGACAGUCGCCACUCGGAGACUGCAGCUUUAACGGUAAACGAAAAUCGUGUCGAACACACGCCACCGACGACUCCUACACCAUCAACGCCGUCAACUGCGCAUCGUCUGCAGAAAGAUCAAAACCCAUUGUGCAGUGGUCCAGAUGCGAUUGUGGCAGCCGUUGAACGAAAACUGAAAAGGAGCCUAAGCGACAGACAGAACUCCGGCCACGCAACAGGUUCGGAUGAUGUGACAGUAUUCAACGACACGAUGCGAAUUCACGUGAGGCACAAAAGCAGACCAGACAGUCGGGUGAUGUUCGACAGGCCAGCUGAACCACCUCCACCUCCACCUCCACCACCACCUCCGCCGCAUCCGUCAACGUCUACUCCAACAAUCACCGAACUGUUCCUGUGCGGAAGUAGACCCGGCUCCGGUGUGGAUAACGACGAUAACAAUAACGACAACAGGACGGUGGUGCAAGUUUCACCGUCCGACGAGCUCAGAAUAUGCCCGGAAUAUCCGGUCGAACCGGAACAGAAAACGUCCAUACUGAUCAACUCGAGCCCGGGACUGAAGACGUCGGUGAUCAUCGGCGAGGGCGGAGCGGCGUACGCGGCGUCAUCUGACAACAAGGUCACCAUCAGCAUAGGGCCGACCGGAAGCACGGGCCGGGGGAGCAGAUGCGGAAACUAUAAGAGCAACGUGACGGUGGUGGACAGGACGGGAAACAGGAUGUCCGACUUCAUCAGAAUGAACUACGACCCUGUGCAGGCAGCCCGCCUAGACGUAACGCCGCACGUGUGUGGUCGCAGGUCCAGCGGCAGUGGCAACACGCCACUGGUAAGCCCGUACCGCGUCUCAGAAAUCGAAAAACACCACACAGCCGUCCACCCGAUGUCCGACACCGAGUCCAGUUCCGAAUCGUGUUACGCCUCGGCCAAAGAGGACGCGUCCUACUCGUCGGCGUCGUCAGCGUCCACGUCGUCAUUCUCGUCCACAUCAUCGUCGGCUAUUGCUGCAGCGAUGGCGGCUGACGCCGAACCUAUCUACGAAGAGAUAUCGGAAUCGCCUACGCCGCCGCCACUGCCUACGUGCCCACCGCCCGACCGCGCCGACCACGAACCUGCCACCGCUUUACCGUGUCGGUCGAUAUUCGAGGGCGCCACCAAGUACGACAUCAUCAACUAUCUGGUAGACGCGAAGCGCCGGUGCGGCUCACUGCAUGACACGUCCGCCUGUCACCCAAAGUUUGUAGUGGUCACCGACGAACAGGCUGCCGGCGAGUCGGAUGCCUGCAGUGGCGGCGCGUUCAACGACUCGGGCGAGGAGUCGUCAUCAUACAGCGGCUGUGGCCCGGCGGUACCCGCGAUGCUGCAGUCGGCCGACGCGGCUAAGAGAACCGCGGUAGACAUCGAGCGCAACGAUUCGGGCGUAGGCUCGGAGACCAGUCAAAGCUCGCGGAGCAAGUGGCAACAGCAACAGCAACAGCAGCAGCAGCACGAGACCCAGCACAGUUGCGAAGACUGUGACCAGCCCGUCGAAAUACAGACGACAGACGGUGGUAUAAUGUUCGCGCCGCUGGUGUGCCGCAAGUGUCAUAAGCGUAGGGCCGAGCGGCGAGAAAUCAUAGCCGAAAUCGUUGAGACUGAAGAAAAAUACGGCCGAGACCUGGACAUCAUCACCGAGGAGUUUUACCGGCCCAUGAUGGUGGCCGGUCUGCUGAACGCCGACCAGCUGACCACCGUGUUCCUCAACGUGUCCGAGUUGAAAGAACACAGCGCCGCUCUGUCACAAAAAUUGCGUGACGCGUACGAGAUAGCCGUCGAACAGGGUGACGACGACUUACUCACUGUAAACAUCGGCAGACUGUUCUUGGAAGCGUCGCCAUCCAUGCUACAUGCGUUCCAGUCGUACUGCACUCGCCAGGGUAACGCUGCCUUGUUACUCGCCAACCUGGAGAAGGAAAAAGAGUUGCUGCGCAUAUUUUUGAGAGUGUCGCAAAUGGAAAACGCCGUGCUUCGCCGAAUGAACCUCAACAGUUUCCUGAUGGUGCCCGUCCAACGCGUGACCAAGUAUCCGCUGCUGUUGGCUCGCUUAUACAAAGUCACGCCCGAACACCAUCUGGAAGCUCGGCAGACACUCAACGAAGCGAGGCACAAGAUACAAUUGCACCUGGAACACAUAAACUCCCUGGCGAAAGACAUCAGUUCCACGAAACUGUGGCGAAAAAUUUACGCGAUCAAUGGCAAGAGACCUGAUAAUGAGGACUUGGCCGACAUAAAAUUUCGCAAGGUGGCCGUGGAUGUGCUCGAAUGGUCGGGACUCGGCGAAGAGAUCCGGUUCGCCAUGGAGGGUCGGCUGCUAUACACGCAACCGUCGGAUCACAAUUGGCGGCGAGGCGGCAGGACUAUCAAACUAAUGCCGAUAAAUGCGAUCAUCGUGACGUUGGGAAAGCCUAACGACAAUUACAACCCGGACGCGGACGACAUCGCGUUUCCCAGACAGAACGGCAUCAGAGACGCUUCGCUGGUGUUGCUAAAGGAGAAAAGCGGCAGGAUAAGUUUGCUCCGGGAACCCAUGUACUUGGACCGGUGCGUAUUGUGCUGUGAAAGUGACUGGGACGAUUACUUUGAACUGCACGAAAUCACUACCAAGGACACGUACAUACUGAAAGGCCAGGAUGGUGAACAGACGAAAAUGUGGUACAAACAGUUGCAAUAUCACUGUCAAACACUAGGAUGCUGGAGGAAAAGACGAAAUGCCCUAGCAAACAUCAUGAUCAACAGAAACUGUACAUAGUCACCCGACCGCCGACGCGCUCAUUGCGCUUAUUCGACGUUGUCUUUCUACGAUUAUCUACAUAAAUAUUAUUAUUAUAGUAGAAGUAACAGUAGUAGUAGUAGUAGUAGUAGUAGUAUUACCAAAAAUACAAAUAGAAAUCGACAGUCGUUACCAAUUAUAUGACGAUUUAUAUUUUAACUUAAUAUAUUAUUAUAAAUUAUUAAAUAUAACUCGUAUUAUUUAUUUUAUUGUUCUAAACACAGUUGUUCUGCGCAAUCAUGGAAUUGGUUAACCGAAUCAUAAAAUAAAUGAUAUACAUAAAAACAAAUA